CCAAGUUCUACUCCUCUUCUUAUCCCCAAAAACUCCAGGAAACAGCACGAUGCUGCUAACAAUGUCCCUCACAUCCUCAUUCAACUCCCUUACUCUCUCCACUCCAUUCCUCCAUGGAACAACCCAACUUUCUCACUUGUCAAAACCCACUUCUUCUCUCACUCUCCGACCCACGAAGCCCUUCACUUUCCUCCCUCCAAUCAGGGCCAUGAAGUCAUUGCAAGGCAAAGUUGUAUGUGCAACAAGUGACAAAACUGUGGCUGUUGAGGUUACAAGGUUGGCCCCACAUCCUAAGUACAAGAGACGGGUGAGGAAGAAGAAGAAGUACCAGGCUCAUGACCCUGAGAAUCAGUUCAAAGUUGGAGACUUGGUCCAGCUUGAAAAGAGCAAACCCAUUAGCAAGACUAAAAGUUUUCUUGCUGUGCCUGUACCAGCUAGGAAGAAGAAGGAGAAGAAAGAGGGUGAGGAAGGAGGAGUGGGGUCUCAAGAGCUUGGAAUUCCGUUGGAGUCUCAACAGGAACUGCAGGCUUAAUGUUUUUGAUUUGUCCAGAUUUUUGGAAUUAGCAGAUGGUUAAUUGCUGAGAGAUUCAAAGCAGAGAUGUUUCUAGUCAAGAAGAGCAAGGAAAGGGAGAAGGAAAUGGAAAUGUUGAAGUGCGGUUGUAAAGGGGUGCCCAAAGAGCUUAAGAUUUCUGUUGGAGUUUCAGCAGGAGCAAUUUCAUAGAAUGAAAUGCUCUUGCUUGUUUGUGAUUUUGAGAACUUGAUAUUUGGUAUCUGAUUUGUUAGUGUUGUAUAAGAGGUACAAUAUGGACAGGCUUUGUGUUUCUGCAGUGAAAUAAAUGCAAGUUGCUAAUAAUUCAAUGAA